AUGGGCAGCGCCAGCCCCGGGCUGACAGCUCUGUUCCCCAGCCGCCUCACCCGGCCGGACACUGCCUUGCUGCCCCCCCCCAGGACCCCGACACCCAGCUGGGGCUGCCCGGAUAGCCCCAGCCCUCCCGCCACCCCCGAGCAGCCCCUGCCUGCUUUCUGCCUGCACUACUUCGACAUGCUCUACUCGGAGGACAUCGCCUGGGCCACCAAGGGCAUGGGGGAACCCUCCCAAAACGGUGCCCAGGGGGGGCAAGGGGAGGCACAGAAGGAACCGGAGCAAUGUCCCAUCAUCGACAGCCAGGGCUUGGGGCUGGGGGCCGAGGGGGACCUGCAGGCCAGCCUGCACCUGGAGGAGCACUCGCUGGAGCAGGUACAGAGCAUGGUGGUGGGCGAAGUGCUGAAGGACAUCGAGACGGCCUGCAAGCUCCUCAACAUCGCCGCAGACCCCGCGGACUGGAGCCCCGGCAACGUGCAGAAGUGGAUCCUGUGGACGGAGCACCAGUACCGGCUGCCACAGAUUGGGAAGUCCUUCCAGGAGCUGUCGGGAAAGGACCUGUGUGCCAUGUCCGAGGAGCAGUUCUGCCAGCGCUCGCCUGCCUGCGGUGACAUCCUGCACGCCCACCUCGACAUCUGGAAGUCUGCUGCCUGGAUGAAGGAAAAAGCCACCCCGGGAGAUGUGAGAUACUGUGGAGGUGAUGCCAGCUGGGCAGACAGCGAGGUGGACUCAUCCUGCGCCGGUCAACCCAUCCACCUCUGGCAGUUCCUCAAAGAGCUGCUGCUGAAACCCCACAACUACGGCCGCUUCAUCCGCUGGCUCAACAAGGAGAAAGGCAUCUUCAAGAUCGAGGACUCAGCGCAAGUGGCCCGUCUGUGGGGCAUCCGGAAGAACCGCCCGGCCAUGAACUACGACAAGCUGAGCCGCUCCAUCCGGCAGUAUUACAAGAAAGGCAUCAUCCGGAAACCCGACAUCUCCCAGCGCCUCGUCUACCAGUUUGUCCACCCGGUCUGA